UUUUCAUGAUUAAAAGAUAAAACAGUCCUAGUCAGUAACUAUGUUUCAUGUUUCACCAUUGUUGCUGGUUAUCAUAUCCCAAAUAUUUGUUAAUGGUCAUCACUAUGGUGGCAUAUUCGGACAAUCAGGAAAUUGGAUAGAAGAAUCUACUUGCUUCGAUCCUAGUAUGUUACAGGCCUACGUAGUUUCAGUUAAUAUUGGACCUAAGCAUGUUUGCGGAGGAUCUAUAUUGAAGCCAAAUAUAAUCUUAACAGCUGGAAGUUGUUUGCCGUCAAAAAAUCAUAAGGUUUAUACAGUCAUAUAUAAUCCCUUUGGCGAAGAAAAAUCUGUACGCGUUAAAAAAAUAACCACACAUCCCAAGUUUAAAUAUUAUGAUUCACUUGGUUAUACGAAUUACGAUGCAGCUAUUCUCGUGCUAGAAGAACCAUUAGAACUCUUUCAUUCACAACUUGUAAUACAAUUAACAGAAGAAGACUUAGUCCCAGGGGAAAAGGCCAUAGCUAUAAAUUGGAUGGAUCGAACAUUACCACUAGAAAUAGUUGAUAUAAGUGUCAUAGAUAAUGAUCAAUGUAAUCAAAGAAACAAACAAUCUGGACCAAAUGUUGCCGGUUAUCCAUUUGAAUCUCAAAUGUGUGGAAUAACUGAAAAAUUUUGUCAUUUGAAGGAUGUUGGAAUGCCAAUAAUAAAACAAAUGGAAUCUAAUAACUACUUUAACCCAAUUGUCAUAGGAUUUGGUAUUUAUUCAAGACAUUAUAAAGGAUGUGAUAAAGGAACUCCUGGUUUAAUCACAAGGAUGUCACAUAUUUAUGAGUUUGUUAUGUCAGUAAUAGACUUAAAUCCAAUGUAAUUUCUCAUCUUUUAAACAUGGGACUGCUUUUUAAGCAAGGAUAGUCAGCUAGUGCUAGUAAGAUUACAAAAUAAUAAAAUCCUUUUUAAAGCUUCAUUUUAAAAAAGAAACUUUUUUUAUCCAGCAAGUUAUAGUUAACACUACAGAAAGGCAGUGUUUUAAUUCAGAAGAGUUUAGUAGUAUUGAGGUUCUAUCUUUGAACCUGCUGCCUUGACCCACUAUCAAAUUUUGUUGUAUCUCAAAUACUAUCCCAAGUUGUAAAAACGUGCCCCGUGUAUUCUGGACUUAAUUCUGUUAUUUCUUUUUAUCAAAUUUUCCAUUACCUAAACAUUAAAAAAUUAUUCAAAGCUACAUUUUCUAAUAGUUUUUUUUUCGAUAUC